UUCCUUAUAAGGAAAAUGCAGCUGCAAAGCGAAUAUUGGCCAGCCCUUAAUUACCACCCUGCAGCUUGGAGCAUCAGCUGUUUCCCACCUGUUGCAGAUCCGCUGUUUCCUCCAGAAAUGACCACUGCUGGUAAUGUCAUCAAGUGCAAGGCAGUAGUAGCCUGGGAGCCCCAGCAGCCUGUGGUGAUUGAGGAGAUAGAGGUAGACCCACCCCAGGCCAAUGAGGUCCGCAUCAAGAUUGUUUCAACAUCGCUGUGCCAUUCAGACCUGUACUGCCUGUCCAAAGUUGUGGAUAAGGAGUUUUUCCCAGUCGUCCUCGGCCAUGAGGCGGCCGGCAUUGUUGAGAGUGUUGGGCCUGGAGUCACAGAAUUUCAGCCAGGAGACAAGGUGAUUCCUCUCUACCUUCCUCAGUGUGGAGAAUGUCGCUUCUGUAAGAGCCCUAAAACAAACCAGUGUGACAUAAUUUGGACUAGAUUGGGUUCAAAAGAGAUGGCACUUGCAAAGUCCAGGUUUACCUGUAAUGGGCAGAAGCUGCGGCAGUUUAUGGGAAUCAGCACCUUCUCUGAGUAUACUGUGACUCAUCAAAUGGCUGUGGCUAAGAUCGACUCUGAUGCUCCUCUGGACAAAGUCUGCCUCCUUGGGUGUGGGGUCUGCACAGGAUAUGGGGCAGCUGUUAAUACUGCUAAGGUUGAGCCGGGCUCCACCUGUGCCGUGUUUGGUCUGGGAGCUGUGGGUUUGGCUGCAGUCAUGGGCUGCGAGGCUGCAGGAGCCAAAAGGAUUAUUGUUGUUGACAUCAACCCAGACAAGUUUGAGAAAGCCAAGGAGUUUGGCGCUACUGACUUCGUCAAUCCCAAUGAUCACAAUAAACCCAUCAGCCAAGUGCUGAUGGAGAUGACUGGUGGAGGUGUGGACUACUCCUUGGAAUGUGUUGGUGAUGUGGAAUGCAUGCGCAGUGCUUUGGAGUCCUGUGUAAAAGGCUGGGGUGUCAGUGUGAUCGUGGGAUUGACAGACAUGCAAGACGUAGCCACCCGACCUCUUCAGCUUACCUCAGGACGUACAUGGACUGGCUGCCUGUUUGGAGGAUUUAAAGGUAAGGAUGCUGUUCCUAAGAUGGUGAAAGACUACCUGGAAAAGAAACUGAAGCUGGAUGAAUUUAUCAGUCACACUAUGACUAUGGAUGAAAUCAAUGAUGCCAUUGACCUAAUGAAGCAAGGCAAGUGCAUCCGGACAGUCAUGAGUGUUUGUCCAGAAUGAGGUGGUCAUGAGUCUCUCCACGAACAAAACUGCUGUCCUGAUUUCAACAACCCUAAAUUAACCCAUCACUGCACUGGAUUUCAAACGGUACACUGUGCGUAAAGGGAAUCAGACAUUCAUGGAUGGUUGAAAUCUCUAUUGAUAAGAGAAACUAAACACUGUUUAAAGAGCAAAAUAAAUGGUCUAAACCAA